CAAAAGAAAGCCAUUUCUUGGUGGAAAGAAUGAGACUGAAAAAGCUUCCACCCACUUACCUCAUUUAAAUUUAUGAGACAAAGUGAUUGAGAUAUUGCCCCCUUCUUCUUUUGAUCCCUCCCUCUUCUUUCUUUGAUGCAUGAGAGUAAGACUAUAACUCAACACCUCCCUCUCUCUCUCUCUCUCUCUCUCUCUCUCUCUCUCUCAAUCUUUCUUUGAGUGUCAUUUUCCCAUAUAUAAUACUCUUCAAACAAGUGAAGAAGUGAAGAAGUGAAGAACAUAUACUCCCCUUCAUCACUUCCUCUCUUCUUUAAUUUCUUAGCACUUCCAAAUAUAUCUACACCUCUCACUCUUUCUUUAUAUAUAGAAAAGAGUAGGAAGUUGUUGUUGUUGUUGUUGUUGCUCUUGAUGCAAAGUCUUGCAAGAAGAUCAUGAGAAGGUGAGUUAAUUUUUGUCUAGAGAUUGAAGGGAAUUAAGGAGAGAAAUGAGGUCACAAGGAGUAUUCAUGGAGACAACAUCAAUAUCAGGCCCUGAUCUCUCUCUCCACAUCAGUCUCCCAAGCACCGGCGCCAUCGAUGCCACCGGAAGUUCAUCGGCUUCUACUGAGCUUUCUCUUUCCAACCAUUCCUCAGAGAACCCUCAAAGAUGGCCACAAGGAAGCUUAGCUAGAGCUGCUGCUCCUCCACCUCCACAAGACUUCCAUGGAAUGCCAUUCAUCCAGACACCAAUCAAGGGAAUUCCUAUCUACAACAACAACCCUUUCACCUUCAUCUCAACUGAUAAAAAGAUGGCCUUUUAUAAGCAAGCAUCGCCUACUUCAUCGCCUUUCGUUGAUCCUAUGGCAACGUAUUUUCAGACGAUCGGUGGGAGACCUCCACCAAUGAGUUCAUCGGUGAAGCCUCAGCUCCACCAGUUGGCCAUGGUGCCUCUUGAAGCUUCUUCUCAUAGUAUGAUGAGGUCUAGGUUCAUGCCGAAGCUCCCACCUAAACGGAGCAUGCGUGCGCCAAGAAUGCGGUGGACUACUGCGCUUCAUUCCCGCUUCGUCCACGCUGUUGAGCUCCUCGGUGGCCAUGAAAGGGCAACUCCUAAGUCUGUUCUUGAGCUCAUGGAUGUCAAGGAUCUCACUUUGGCUCAUGUCAAGAGCCAUUUGCAGAUGUAUAGAACUGUGAAGACAACUGACAAGCCUACAAUCUCAUCAGGUGGGCAAUCGGACGGGUCUGGUGAAGAGGAUUUGAUAUCCGGUAAUGGAGGAGAUCUCAACUUCAGGCGAUCCACCGACAACCAAGAACCCAAUGGAACCAGUACUUGGAGCAACUCAUCAAGAGGAACUUGGUUGCAUUCAAGCUCAAAUAACAUGGAAACUCUCAGACCAGACUUCUCAUCUCAAAAUGAUCAGAUGCAAGAAACCGAUCUUUUGCGACCGAAAAACUCGCCAGAAUCGAACGGAAAACUAAAAUUUCCAAGCUUGGAGUUCACCUUAGGAAGAGCAGACUGGCAUGGAGCUGAGCAUGAUUAAUUGAUGCUAAUAAACUCUCACAUGGGGGAAUUAAUUAAUCACUAGCAAUAUGUCCAUCUUUUUUCUUUUUACUUUUUUAUUUUAUUUUCAUUUUGUUCUUCCUUUUUUCCUAUCUUAAUCUUUGGCUAAACUAUGGCCAUUAGGUUGUGAAGUGGCAAGGGUGAAGUUGUUAAUGAGUUCAAGGUUGUGAUAUUAUAGACAUGAAGCUUGAGAGAAG